AUGGCUUACAACUUCAAAGUACGUUACUCACCUGGAUAUCAGAAUAUCGCAAAUGCGUUAUCACGUUUGGUGGAUAAGACACGUGUAGAAAACAGUAAUUCAAGAGACACUGAGCAAUAUGUGAAAUUUAUUGCAAGGGAGGCAACCCCUCAAGCACUGUCGACUCGAGAAGUAGAAGAAGCUUCAAGGAGAGAUGAAGAACUUAUUCGAGUUCAGAAAUUCAUCAAAGAGGGGAAGUGGGAUAAAUCAUGCGUUGAUUAUUACCCAUUCCGAGAUGAACUUUGUUGUAUUGGAUAUGUGGUGUUACGUGGAUCCAGAAUAGUGAUUCCAAGAAAUCUGAGGAAGCAGUGUAUACAGUUAGCUCACCAGGGUCAUCUAGGAAUCGUUGGGACGAAACAGCAGUUACGUACUAAAGUGUGGUGGCCUGGGAUGGACAAGGAAGUGGAGAAGUAUGUGAAAUCGUGUCACGGAUGUCAGAUUACCAGUGCGUUUCCGAAACCGGAACCAAUUAGUCCUACUCCAUUACCAACAGGGCCAUGGCAAGAAUUGGGCAUUGAUAUUCUUGGACCAUUAACAUCUGGACAGUAUGUGUUAGUUGUUGUUGAUUAUUACAGCAGAUACUAUGAGAUUGAAGUUACCAAGGAUAUUACAAGUGAGAAAAUCAUUGAUUCGCUGGAGGGAAUGUUUUGUCGACAUGGACUUCCAUUACAAAUAACUUCUGAUAAUGGACCCCAGUUCAGAUCUAAGUUAUUCAAGGAUUACUUGACAGAUAACUGUAUCAAGCACUGA